AUGUUGAGCAGGAUGGCUAGCGUUAUAGCCUCAUCGUCUUCAGCGGCUCUCACGUUCGAUCUCGUCGCGAGGUGUUCCACAACUCGAGCACGAGCCUCUAUAUUAACCCUUCCUCAUGGACCAGUCCAACUUCCGGUCUUCAUGCCUGUGGCAACACAGGCAUCAUUAAAAGGGUUAACUCCAGAACAGUUGGAAGAGACCAGCUGUCGUCUAUGUCUAAAUAAUACUUAUCAUCUAGGCCUAAAGCCUGGACAGGAGGUGCUCGCUGCAGUCGGAGGGGCACAUAAACUACAAGGAUGGAACUACAACCUACUCACAGAUAGCGGAGGAUUCCAGAUGGUUAGCUUACUCAAGCUAGCCAAUAUCACAGAAGAGGGUGUCAGAUUCCUGAGUCCUCAUGACGGCACACCGAUGCUUCUUACACCUGAGCAUUCCAUUUCUCUUCAGAACACCAUCGGCAGCGAUAUCUUAAUGCAGCUAGACGACGUAUUAGUGACUACUUCACCAGACGCCGUGCGGAUGCGAGAAGCAAUGGAGCGCAGCGUUAGAUGGUUGGAUCGGUGCAUCGCCGCGCAUAAAAAUCCAACUACGCAGAAUCUGUUCUGCAUUAUCCAAGGCGGACUGGACCUCGAUAUGCGAAGGGAGUGUUGUAAGGAGAUGGUCGCUCGAGAUACACCGGGUAUCGCCAUCGGUGGACUAAGCGGUGGCGAGGCAAAGGCGGACUACUGCAGAGUAGUAGUUACUUGUACCGCGCUCUUACCUGAGCUGAAACCUCGGUAUGUGAUGGGAAUUGGGUACCCCGAGGACCUCGUCGUCAGCGUUGCCUUAGGAGCCGACAUGUUUGACUGCGUUUGGCCCACGCGCACAGCUAGAUUCGGAAAUGCAAUCACGAAAUACGGCGUCCUCAACCUCCGCAACGCCAAAUACGCCAACGAUUUCGGACCUAUAGAAGAUGGUUGCGGGUGUAAUUGCUGCCGCAAGGACGGGAUGGGCAUCACCCGGGCAUUCGUGCACCACAACACGGCUAAAGAGACGGUAGCUGCGCACUUACUAACCAUGCACAAUGUCUGGUACCAGCUGGACCUGAUGAAGCAGGUCAGGGAAGCGAUCAUUGCCGACAGGUAUCCGGCUUUCCUGCGGCGUUUUUUCGCGAACUUAUACCCUGAUCAAGCUAAUUACCCCAAGUGGGCGGUAGAUGCCCUACGAGGCGUAGGUGUAGAUCUAUAUGAAGAUAUAUGA